UUGAAUUGCUCUUUUGAAAAGAAGAAGCAUUUGCGUAGGGCGCGAGAAAACUUGGGUAAACUAUCAUUUUUAAAACAAGUACAUUUAAGCAGUUUAUUUAAAUGGAAGUAAUAAACGCGAAUAGGCAGGAGCCGCAACUUAACCUCGAUAUCAACGCGCAGCGUAACUUCAUAAAAUACUAUGCCAAAUCAGAGGACAAACCCCCAACAACUGUGCGAUUCUUCGAUCGCAUUGAUUUUUACACUGUGCAUGGCACAGACGACUGCGAGUUGAUUGCUAAACUGAUCUACAAAUCUACUGCAUUUGUCCAUAAACUCCUACCUGAUGAAUCGGACGCGCUCAGUUAUGUUACUUUAUCAAAAGCGAACUUUAAUAUGGCUGUUAGAGAGCUGCUUUUGGUCCGCAACUUCCGCGUGGAAGUUUAUGUCCGCCCGGUUGGCGCUGCAGCAGCAAGCAAUAACUGGGAACUUGAAUAUCGCGGAUCACCAGGCAAUUUAAUACAGUUCGAGGAAAUUUUGUUUGGAAAUCGUGAAAUACUUGUGAGCAACAACUUACUGUCGCUCCAGGUUCGUUUGGUUGACGGUAAUCAGCGUCGUUUAGGCGUGGCCUUUGUGGAACAGAACGAUUGCCAAUUUCAUGUUUUGGAGUUUAUCGACAACGAUUUCUUCACCGAGCUCGAAGCGAUGGUGGUGCUAUUAGGCCCAAAAGAAUGCCUUUUGCCAGCAGCAGAUGGAGAGUACAUUGCAGUAAGACAACUGCUGGAACGCAACAAUGUAGGCGUAACUGUACCCAAACGCUCUGCAGCAACGCCCGCCGAUAAGAACGACUUGCUGCAGGAUCUUAAUCGCUUGAUACGUUUUGCGAAGGGACAGCAGGAAGAUGCUUUAACAUUGCCGGAGAUGCAACUCACCAUGGCUAUGGAAGCUUUGCGAGUUGCUAUAAAAUACUUAAAUUUAACCAACGACGCCAGCAAUUUAGGGCACUAUGAAAUUAAGCAACUUAACCUGAAGCGCUUUGUACACUUGGAUUCAGCGGCUGUUGCUGCGCUCAACAUUCUGCCCAAACCUGGCACCAAUCCUAACUCUCCCGGCUACCACUGGCAGAGCAUUCUUGGCGUACUCGACCACUGCCGCACUCCUCAAGGACAUCGCCUUCUUGCCCAAUGGAUUAAGCAACCGCUACGUAGCAUCGAAAUUCUAAACGAUCGGCAUGACAUUGUUCAGUGCUUAUUAGAAUCGCCAGGCACUCUAACCACACUACACGAUGACUACUUAAAGCGCAUUCCUGACGUGUUAAUGCUGACGAAGCGUCUGCUACGUCAGAAGGCUAACAUGCAGGACCUCUUUCGUGUGUAUCAAGUUGUUUUGCGUACACCUCGUAUAGUCAACACUUUACUUAGCCUUGAGCAUGCCACUGUAAAAAAUGUGCUCUGUGAUGCAAUGAAGAGUUAUUUAGAGGAUUUGUCGGGUUUUAAGCAGUUAGUUGAGCAAGUAGUCGAUUUUGAAGCUAUUGAAGCAGGCGACUACCUUGUGAAGGCUUCUUUUGAUGAACAAUUGCAAGACAUGAAGAAUCAUAUGUCGCGUGUGUUAUCGAAAAUGGAGCGCUUACAGCAGAAGGCUGCAGAUGAUUUGAAUAUGGAAAAGUCGCAAGUGCGUUUGGAGAAUGUCGCAAAAAUUGGGUACCAUUUUCGCGUUACGCUGAAGGAUGAUUCCGAGUUGCGUAAAAAUAAGAACUAUAAGAUUCUCGAUGUGGUAAAGGGUGGCGUACGCUUCACCAACGAAAAACUAACUGAAUAUAGUGAGGAGUACGGUACUUUCUGUGAUCAGUAUGAGGAGCAGCAAAAAUCAGUCGUGGAGGAAAUUAUAAAAGUGGCUAUUGGUUAUGCAGGACCACUUAGUUCCUUGAACAAUGAGCUAGCGCAAUUAGAUUGUUUAGUCAGCUUUGCAAUGGCGGCGUUGGCGGCGCCUACUCCAUAUAUGCGUCCGAAAAUGUUAAAAGAGGGUGCGGGUGUAUUAGAGCUGAAGGACUUACGGCAUCCUUGUCUAGAACUUCAGGAGCAUGUUACGUUCAUUGCCAACAACGUGGCUUUCGAGAAAGAUGCUUGCAACAUGUUCAUAAUAACUGGACCAAAUAUGGGCGGAAAAAGUACUUAUAUACGAUCGGUGGGCACUGCUGUGCUGAUGGCUCACGUGGGUGCUUUUGUGCCCUGCAGCGAGGCUACAAUAACGAUGGUUGAUUCCAUAUUGGGACGUGUUGGAGCCAGUGACAACAUUGUGAAGGGGUUGAGUACAUUCAUGGUCGAGAUGAUCGAGACCUCGGGCAUUGUGCGCACGGCGACCGAAAAUUCGCUGGUUAUUAUAGACGAACUAGGUCGCGGCACGUCGACGUAUGAGGGCUGCGGUAUAGCUUGGUCAAUUGCUGAACAUUUAGCCAAAGUAACAAAGUGUUUCACACUUUUCGCCACACAUUUCCACGAAAUCACGAAUCUGGCUAAAUCCGUAGAUACGGUAAAAAAUUGUCACAUGGCUGCCGUCGCAAAUGCUGAGAAUUUUACGCUCCUAUAUCAAGUAUGCCCUGGUAUAAUGGAAAAAAGUUUUGGAAUACAAGUCGCACGUCUUGCUAAUUUUCCUGAAGCUGUGGUGCAUAAUGCGCAACGCAUUUAUAGGGAGUUCGAGGAUGAAUAUGCUGAUAAGCAAAGUGAAGCAGAUAAGGAAUUGCUGGACAAAAUCGAUGCAGCUGUAGAGCGUUUGACAACUACGGGCAAUGAUGUUGAUAUCGAUGAAGCGGAAUUGAGUAAAUUGGUUGCAACAUUUGCAAAGGAUAUUAAACAGUUGGACAGCGAAUAUUUCCGCACUGUACUGUCAGUUGAAGGGAAUUAGUGUUCCCAAAGUAUAAAUUUUUACUUGCAUUUAAACAUUUACGUAUGUUAAUUCAGUAUUCCCCAACAUUUUCUUUAUUUUGACUUAAAUAAAACCUUUGCAUAACU